UGAUCUAAUUUAACUUUUGUACAUGAUAGCAUUCAUUUGGUCCGAUUGUAUAAUUUUGAUUGACAUACGAUAACGUGAGACAACUAUUUACAAAACAUAAACAUCGAAUCGAUUUUUUUUUAAAGAAUACAGUUUUAUUUAAUGCCGAAAAACCAUGAAUCGAUUGCAUUGGUUGAGUGGAUUGCAAAAGUCAAUUGUGGUGAGCGUACGGCACGAGCAGAGAGUAAAAAGCACAGCCACCAAUACGAAUAUUAUCAGUCUAUUCGAACGUCUCCAGUCGUCGACAUCGCUACUAAACGAGGAUCAACUAAAUAAAAUCAAUUCACAAUUCAUCGAAAAACACACCAAAGAACAAUUUUACUUAAAACAGUACAAGCGACUUUUCCACAAUUUGUCUUCCAAUUAUAAUAAUUUAUUGCGUUCGAGGAAUAGUCAUAUUUUUAAAUUUAGUGCUUUAAAGCGAUCAAUUUAUAGCAAAAUGAAAGAUUUAGUCAACGGAAAUAAAUUAAUCGAAAAUAAAAGCGAAUUGAUUUUAGAUCAAAAAAUUUCAUACAGCAAUGGCAGCAGUAAAACAAAAAUGGCAAAAUUAAUCAGUGGCGUGGAGAUUGCAAAAGAAAUCAGACAGGAGCUCAAACAACACAUCAUCGAAUGGGAAAAUGAAGGCCACCGAGCACCACAUCUAACAGCUGUUUUGAUUGGUGACGAUCCAGCCAGUCAUACGUAUGUCAACAAUAAGAUUAAGGCUGCAGCUGAGGUGGGCAUUACGAGUGAGACAAAACGUUUUCCUUCUACAAUCACUGAAGCAGAACUGUUGAACUUGAUUACCGCAUUGAACGAAGAUGAUCAUGUCGAUGGUAUUUUGGUGCAAUUACCGUUGCCAACCCACAUCAACGAGCGUGUAAUUUGUGAUGCCGUUUGUUGUAACAAAGAUGUUGACGGUUUCAAUGAGAAAAAUGUUGGCCGUUUGUGUUUGGACAUAAAUUCAUUGAUUCCAUGCACUGCAUUGGGUGUACAAGAGCUGAUUAAACGAUCAAACAUUGACACAUUUGGCAAAAAUGCGGUUGUUGUUGGUCGUUCAAAGAAUGUUGGAUUGCCGAUAUUCAUGUUGUUACAUGCGGAUGGAAGAAAUGAAACCGCAGCAAUGGAUGCCACAGUGACAAUGUGCCAUCGAUUCACACCACCAGAACAAUUGAAAGUAUUUUGUCGUCACGCUGAUAUCAUUGUUUCGGCCACUGGUGUUCCAAAUCUCAUUACAGCCGAUAUGGUGAAGGAGGGAGCUGCUGUUAUUGACGUUGGCAUUACACGUGUCAUAGACCCAACAACUGGCAAAUCAAAACUUGUCGGUGAUGUCGAUUUUGAAGGAGUAAGCAAAGUGGCUGGCCACAUAACACCAGUUCCGGGAGGUGUUGGUCCGAUGACAGUUACCAUGUUGAUGCGUAACACAUUUGUUGCUGCAAAAAAUCUAGCGAAACUACGCGAAAGUCGAAAUGGACACGCUGAAAAAUAAGUGCCCGAUUCAAGAUGAUAAAUUUUUUAUUGUUUAUAUCACAAUAGCGUUAGAAUUAAUAAUUUCAAAAACAUGCUGAGCAUUGUAAAUUUAUUGAAACUUUAACUCACUUUUUUCAAGUGAACAAAAGUAUUUUAGCAUUUAGGUCAACUAUCUCCAUUACAUUUGUAUGUAUUUUUUUAAAAAUAAAAACGAUUUACUUGAAUUGACAUGAAAUAAAUCCGAAUAAAUCUUACAAAA